ACAGACCAUAAGCAGCAUCUGCCAUGGCCAUACAUAAAUCUCUCUCCCUUGUUUUUCUCCUUUUUUUCAUACCCUUUCUUUCUUAUCAUACAACAUCAUUUGCAACAGCAGCACCAUCAUCCGCACUCUUUGAAGUAGGGGCUCUCAUGAAAUGGAAAGCCAGCCUCUCAGAAACACAUGCUCUCCAUUCAUGGUCACUUCCUGCUGCUAAUUCUACCACCAACACAAUCUCUCCAUGCAAAUGGAUUGGGAUCUCAUGCAACAGCCUUAGAAGUGUUACAGAGAUACACUUACCAAGUGCGGGCUUGCAAGGUAAGCUCGACAACUUGAGUUUCCCGUCAUUUCCAAACCUCCUUCAUCUCGAUCUCAGCAACAACACACUCAUUGGAACCAUUCCAGCCCAUCUUGACCCUCUUUACAAACUCAUGUCCCUGAAUCUGUCUGCAAAUGAAAUAAGUGGAUCAAUACCUCUGGAAAUAGGGAAUCUCGUGAAUUUGAAUGAGCUUGACUUGUCCAUUAUCCAUCUGAAUGGUUCCAUCCCUUCCACUUUAGGAAAUCUGACAAAGCUUUCCAUCUUGUGCCUGCACCAAAAUCAAAUCUCUGGCUCCAUUCCUUCACAAAUCGGGAAUCUACAAGCUCUGGUUGAGUUGACAUUGUUCAAUAACAAUCUGACUGGUCCUAUACCUCCUGCUUUAGGUAACUUGAGCAACCUUACAUUUUUGUAUCUCUACAACAACCAAGUUUCUGGUUCAAUUCCACCAGAAAUAGGGAAUCUAGUUAAUCUCAGGAGUCUUGAGAUAUCCAAUAACCUCCUAACUGGUUCUAUCCCUUCCACUUUGGGGAAUUUGACAAAGUUAACUGUCCUCUGCCUCUUUAAGAAUCAAAUUUCUGGUUCUAUUCCUCCAGAACUUGGGAAUUUAAUGAGUCUCAAUAAGUUAGCAUUGUACCGUAACAAUCUGACUGGUCCGAUCCCUCCAGCUUUAGGUAAUUUGAGCAACCUUACAAUUUUGUCUCUGUAUGACAACCAAGUCUCUAGUUCGAUUCCACCGAAAAUAGGGAAUCUGUUUAAUCUCAGAAAGCUUGACUUGUCCACUAACCAUCUAACAGGUUCUAUCCCUUCCAUUUUAGGAAGUUUGACCAAGCUGACUCUCUUCCACCUCUUUGACAAUCAAAUUUCUGGUUCGAUUCCACCAGAAAUAGGGAAUCUGGUUAAUCUCAAGCAACUUGACAUCUCCAGUAACCUUCUAACAGGUUCUAUCCCUUCCACUUUAGGAAACUUGACCAAGCUAACUUUCCUCCACCUAUUUGAGAAUCAAAUUUCUGGUUCUAUUCCUCCAGAACUCGGGAAUUUAAUGAGUCUCAAUGAGCUAGAAUUGUACAGUAACAAUCUGACUGGUCCUAUCCCUCUUGCUUUAGGGAACUUGACAAAGUUAACUUUCCUCCACCUCCAUCAAAAUCAAAUUUCUGGUUCAAUUCCACCAGAAAUAGGGAAUCUGGUUAAUCUCAUGGAUCUUGACCUGUCCAUUAACCCUCUGACAGGUUCUAUCCCUUUCACUUUAGGGAACUUGACCAAGCUUACUAGCUUGUCCCUUGUUUACUGUCAAUUAUCUGGUUCCUUGCCUAAAGAAAUGACAAACAUGACAAAUCUUUCUCAACUCUACUUGGAUGGCAACAACUUUUCUGGCUACUUACCUCAAUUAUGCCACGGUGGAUCUCUUUAAAAAAUCGCUGUGCCAAACAACCAUUUCACCGGUGAGAUCCCUAGAAGCUUCAGAAACUGCACAAGCUUAACAAGAGUGCGACUCAGUGGAAACCGACUCAUUGCAAAUGUAUCAGAAGCCUUUGGUGUAUACCCACAUCUCACAUACAUGGACAUCAGCAAUAACAUGUUGUUUGGUGAACUCUCACCAAACUGGGGAGAAUGCCAAAACUUGACAAAGCUACAAUUCUCGGGGAACAAAAUCACUGGUAGAAUUCCUCC